UCCGGUCUGACAGAUCCGACUGUUCCGGUUCGUUUCCGUCUUGCAGCAACUGUUCAGCGGAGCUCAGGGAACAAGAUGACCCCUGAAUGAUCUAUGUUCUCUUCCCACUUAAAACCUGCGUAAAACCCUAGCGAAAGUCCCACUUUCCCGUUCAUGUCCGGCAGUGCUUGUGCUCCUCGCUUCUCUGCAUUGUUUUGGGAUUCGGUGGGCCCGUACGUCGCUCUCCCUCGUCCCUCGUGCUUCUUUUCCUGAUUCCGUCUGUUCGACCCUUCACCAAGGUCGCGGCCACGAACUACUGUUCCUCCGUUGGGGUUCAUUGAAGAUCAGGACCCAAUUCGGAAGCUCUCGCGAAUCGCUGGGUUUUGCGGGCAAACAUGUUUGACGAGAGCCAGUUCGAUGUCUGCUUGAAGCUGUGGGCGCUUCGCAUCCCUCGCGAGCUCUGCAAGGUCGCCACUCGGGCAUUGAACGGUUACUUGCUGGACAAGGCUCGGAUAAAACCAAUUACGGAAGAUUCGACGUGCGAAAGGAAUCGUCUGAUGAUAUUGUCUGAGAAGGUCAAGCGUUCUGAUUUGUCAGAUAUUCCAGAACAAGUUCUUGAUGAAAUGAAGAAACUAUGUGAGAUUGAAGUUGUCCCUUAUUCAUUGACACUUGGUUAUUCCUACUGGGGUGCAGAUCAUCUAUUGAAGCAGAUUCUCCCACCUGGGGUUGAGGUACCUACAUCUUUUGAAACGAUAGGUCAUAUUGCACACUUGAAUAUACAUGACGAACUGCUUCCCUACAAGGAUGUUAUUGCUAAAGUCAUCUUUGACAAAAAUUAUCCGCGAAUCCAGACAGUUGUUAAUAAAGUUGGAACAAUCACAAACGAGUUUCGUGUGCCGAAAUUUGAAGUCUUGGCUGGAAAAAGUGAUAUGGUGACAGAGGUGAAGCAGUAUGGAGCGACAUUCAAGCUUGAUUACAGUCUGGUGUAUUGGAAUUCAAGACUGGAGCAUGAACACAUAAGACUCGUAUCUAAUUUCCAACCAGGGGAAACCAUAUGUGACAUGUUUGCUGGCAUUGGCCCUUUUGCAAUUCCAGCUGCUCAAAAGGGGUGCAUGGUGUAUGCAAAUGACCUAAACCCAGAUAGUGUUAAGUAUUUGAAGAUCAAUGGGCAGUUGAACAAAGUUGACGACCUUGUUCAUACAUUCAACUUGGAUGCGAGGAAAUUCAUUUCUCAAAUGAUGUCUUUGCCUGAAUCCAAAACUAGUUUGGAAUCUGAUGUUCUUACUGAAGAGUGUGAGAUCAAUAGUGAACCGUCAAAGCAAGAAGCAGAGUCAGAUACGACCCCAGUACGCAAUGAUAAUGCAAGCAUUGGUGAUGGUUUGAAAGGUUUAUGUGCUGAUGCAGUCGCAGCUGUUCCUGCAGCCAAAAGACCAUUAGAUAUCUCUAAAGAAGGUGCCAAUGCCGAAGAUUGCAGUGUACUUGUAUCUUCUAAAAGGAAAGGAAAUGGCAAUAAGCGAAUCAGGGCCACUGAGUUGUCCUAUUCUAAGACAUGGGAGCAUGUUGAUCAUGUGGUUAUGAACCUUCCUGCAUCUGCUCUCACAUUUUUGGAUGUAUUUGGGGGGCUUAUACACAGGAAAUAUUGGAAGGGACCCUCUCCUUGGAUUCACUGCUAUUGUUUCAUCAAGGCCAGUGAAACCAAAGAAUCCAUUUUGGCUGUGGCGGAAUGUGCCCUCGAUGCCUCUAUUAGCGAGCCAAUAUUCCACAGGGUUAGGGAUGUGGCUCCGAAUAAGGUUUUGCAGGCAAUGUACUGCCUGAGUUUCAGGCUGCCAGAAGCAUGCUUUAAGGAUGAUUCCCGUAGCUCUAGUCACCCUGCUGAAGAGAAGUCCAAAGUGCGGUAGGAACAAUUAGGCAGGGGCUGAACACAGCCUCUCACCUAACGAUUAAGAAGGUAUUUUCCGUUAACUUGAUUGAAGAUAGAGAAGAAACAAGGAGGGAACUUAUCAUUGACGGGACGUGGUUGUUUAUUGAGUCGAGGCCGGUGUUCAUGCGAAUGCUGCUUAUGGUUUGAGAAACGCAAGCAGAUGUAUGUUUGGGUAUAUGAUCUGCCUGUUACAAGAGCUCACGGUCUAAAAGAAAAUGAAUGAGAUGAUUUUUUGUUUUCUUUGGACAGUUUGUUUUUUAGGAUUUCCAGCUCUGGGCUGGUUCCAAUGCUUGUAGCUGUUUUGUGAAAUCCUCGUCAGCUUUCGAAAUACUUGUACUUUCAAAUUUCGAUAUUCAGAGUGUCGACUUUGAUUUUAUUAGGUACUGCAAUAUGUGAAUGCACAAA